CAGCUGGUCUGUGGCAUUGAUAUGCUAAUAUCUUCUGAUAAAGAAAAGGACCCAGAUGUUAUUCCUGAAGACAGCAGCCUGCUGACUCUUCGGAUUAGAAAGAAGGCGUUACAGAGGAGAGAAGAAACAAUUAUUGUGGAUCGGGCUUGCAGACAAGAAACUCUUGCUUAUGAGAUGGAGUCGCAUGCAGUUGGAAAAAGGCCAGACAAUGUAAUGGAUCUAGUUGAGGAGGGAGAACUACUUUUAACUCUGAACAUCUUCUAUCCUGUCAUAUUUCAGAAGCAUAAAGACCACAAACCUUACCAGACAGUCCUUGUCCUGGGAAGCCAGAAGCUCACUGAGCUGAGAGACUCCAUUUCCUGUGUCAGUGACUUCCAGAUAGGUGGUGAGUUCAGCAGUCAGCCAGAUCAAGCACCAGAGCACAUCAGCAAGGAUCUCUACAAAUCUGCUUUCUUUUAUUUUGAAGGCAUCUUUUAUAAUGAUAAAAGAUACCCAGAGUGCAGAGAUCUGAGCAGAACAAUUAUUGAGUGGUCAGAAUCUCAUGACAGAGGCUAUGGAAAUCUUCAGUCUGUUAGAAUGGAUGACUACACAUUUAAUGAUUUGACCCUUAAAAUUGGCUUUCCAUACCUUUUCUGCCACCAAGGGGACUGUGAGCACAUCGUUAUCAUCACAGAUAUAAGGCUCAUUCAUCACGAUGACUGCCUGGACAGGAACCUCUAUCCCUUGCUAGUCAAGAAACAUUGGUUAUGUACCAGAAAAUGCUUUGUGUGCAAAAUGUAUACAGCCAGGUGGGUGACCAACAGAGACAGUCUGGCACCAGAGGAUCCUUGUUUCUUCUGUGAUGUUUGUUUUCGGAUGCUCCAUUAUGAUGGAGAAGGCAAUAAGCUGGGGGAGUUUCUUGCGUAUCCUUACGUGGAUCCUGGGAUUUUCAACUGAAACUGACGUGAGCCACCAUGAAUUACAUGAACUACACUGAUGAAAUCUGUUGCCCUGGCUGUUAAAACCACCAAACAGCUUGAAUUUUGAGCAUACUGCUAGGUUUUGGGUUAGGCUUUUAAUCCUCUCCCCUGAGGUGGAAGGAGCCCUUUGCGCUUGAAGUCCUUCCAGUGUGCUU